UCGGAUGAUUUUCAUACUGGCAGAUGAGCGUCAUGUGUAAACUGAAGAGCCCAAUGUAAUGUAGCUAGGACAGCACUUAGCGGACAAUUGCAACGUGAGACCUUUCUGUUAUCCUCUGCUGCUAUGGGAUAUCACCUGCCUGUGAAAAGCAGGUUUGUCACAAUACAAAACAGCAAAACAAGACUUCUGAUGCGGUUUAUUUAGUUGGACCUGUGGUUUCAUGGAGAAUGAGCCUGGUAUUGUUUCGCCCUUCAAGCGAGUUUUUCUAAAAGGAGAAAAAGGGAGGGACAAGAAGGCCCAAGAAAAGGUGACUGAACGAAGGCCUCUACAUACCGUCUCCCUGUCUGUCCCAGAUCAUCGGGUAGAUCCUGAUAUACUGCUGAAUGACUACAUUGAGAAAGAAGUCAAGUAUUUAGGGCAGCUUACCUCAGUACCAGGGUACUUGAAUCCAUCCAGCCGGACUGAAGUAUUGCACUUAAUUGAUACUGCACGGAAGGCUCACCAGCUCCCAGGCCUGUUGACUCCAGAGCAUGAUGCUGUGGUCAGCCUUUCUGCGUACAAUAUCAAACUUAUUUGGAGGGAUGGGGAGGACAUCAUUCUCAGGGUGCCUAUUCAUGACAUUGCAGCUGUGUCAUAUAUUCGGGAUGACUCUUUACAUCUUGUAGUGCUCAAGACAGCUCAAGAUCCAGGAAGUUCUCCCUGCCCAAGUACAUGUCCUGAAAUGUCUAAAUCUCAGACGCUGGCCUCACUGUCAGAGAGUGGAGCCGUGUUGGUUGAGGUUUGCUGUCUAGUGAUUUUGGCUGCAGAGAACAAGGUGGCAGCCGAAGAGCUGUGUUUACUGCUUAGCCAAGUCUUCCAGAUUGUUUACACAGAAUCAACAAUAGACUUCUUAGAUAGAGCAAUAUUUGAUGGUGCCUCAACACCUACAAGGCACUUAUCUGUCUAUAGUGAUGAUUCAUCAACUAAAGCAGAUCCCAAGGAUGCUUAUGAAACUGAAGCAAGCACAUUUUCUUUUCAAAGCUCCUUGGACACUGGUGGGAAUUCUCCAUCCUCCUCCUCUUCCACACAGGUUUCUCCUCAAAAUAAAACCGUGAGUGAGAGUGAGCUGAGCACCACUGCCACUGAGCUGCUCCAGGACUACAUGAUGACGCUAAGAACUAAGCUCUCCUCCCAAGAAAUCCAGCAGUUUGCAAUGCUUCUUCACGAGUACAGGAAUGGGCUCUCUAUCCAUGAGUUCUGCAUCAAACUGCGGCAACUGUAUGGUGACAGCAGGAAGUUUCUUUUAUUAGGGCUCAGGCCAUUUAUUCCAGAGAAGGACAGCCAACACUUUGAAAACUUUUUGGAAACAAUUGGUGUAAAAGAUGGCAGAGGAAUCAUCACAGACAGUUUUGGGAGGUAUAAAAGGACAAUGAGCACCACCUCCAACUCCACUACCAAUGGGAAUGGGGGAGCAGGGGGUUCUGAUGACCAAUCUGUGCCCUCAGAAGCAGAUGAGUGGGACCGUAUGAUUUCAGUCAUUAGUGACGAUAUAGAAGCUUUGGGAUGCAGCAUGGAUCAAGACUCUUCCUGAGGAGUGGAAAGGGAAUCAGGGUUGAACUGAGAAGCAGCCCUUGGAUAUUUUCAUAUUGUGCAA